GGCCCACCUCGUGACUCGUCACCCAAUAUGGGCCCAACAUCUUUCAGAUCUGUCUCUAACCACAGUUCCCCAAACUCCAGAUCCUUUCUAUCUUUACUUCUUAUUUCGAGCUAACAACUUUGAGAGUCAGGCCAAUCCUGCAUUUAUUCUGUCUACUGGUGUCUUCUUGCACACCCAGACUCUGCUGCAGCAUGUCUACAUUCCUCCCCUAAACUACUAGUGAAUCUGCCUGAUACUUGGCUUCGUGUUUGCUGUGGUGUGUCUCUCCAGGCCAGGAAUGGAAAGAACUUGAUGUGAGCAUAUCAAACCUUUUACUCCAGAGAAAGCCAAGGAAGUCAUGAUGUCUUUGCAACAACCUGCCGUCUUCUGUAACAUGGUUUUGGAUUGGCCAUCACGACACUGGACUGCUGAACACCUUUCUGAUGUCCUUCGUGACAAGCAGAUAUGCUUCAGGAUGGGGCUGCAAAGCACAGACUCAGUUCCUCAGUUUGAAACUUCAUGUAGCUACGUAGAUGCCACCCUUGAAGAGUUUCUAACCUGGAACUGUGACCAGGCUAGUAAUUCUGGACCAUUUAAGGACUAUGAUCAUUCCAAAUUCUGGGCCUAUGCUGACUAUAAGUAUUUUGUCAAUCUAUUUGAAGACAAGACAGAUGUUUUCCAGGAGGUGAUAUGGUCCGACUUUGGGUUUCCUGGAAGAAAUGGACAGGAAAGUACCUUGUGGAUCGGCUCACUGGGAGCCCACACACCCUGCCAUCUCGACUCCUAUGGUUGCAAUUUAGUAUUCCAGGUACAAGGAAGGAAAAGAUGGCAUCUCUUCCCUCCUGAAGAUACUCCUUUCCUUUAUCCAACAAGAAUCCCUUACGAAGAAUCCAGUGUGUUCAGCAAGGUCAAUGUCGUCAACCCGGAUUUAAACCGUUUUCCUCAGUUCCAGAAAGCCCAAAGACAUGUGGUUACGCUGAGCCCAGGACAGGUUCUGUUUGUUCCUAGACACUGGUGGCAUUAUGUGGAAUCCAUUGAUCCUGUCACUGUCAGUAUAAACUCAUGGAUUGAGCUGGAGGAUGACCAUCUCGCUCGGGUGGAGGAAGCCAUCACCCGCAUGCUGGUGUGCGCCUUGAAAACUGCAGAGAACCCGCACAAUCCCAGGGCUUGGCUAAACCCCACUGAGGCUGAGGAAAUAUCCCACGAAGUCAAUUGUCACUACCUCAAUGGAGCUGUGUGUGCCUUCUUGGAGCAUUACAGGACAUCUAAGGCCACAGAAGUCCAAGCACUCAGAGCCAACAGGGAGCACAGGAAAAAGCACAGCCACACAGAGAGAGACCAGACACGUAGCCUGAAUGAGAACAAGCACAGAGCAGCAGAACCAAAGGCAGCAGACCCUCUUGGGCCUGAUCUGGUCCUUGUCACAGUGAUGUCUGAGGAACCAUCUUCAGAAAGGGAAGGCAUGUUUGAAGGUGGUGUACUGUACUGCUCUGCCAGAGACACCUCACCUUGCGCACAGGCUCAGUCCAGCUCUGUGUGGUGCAAGCUGCUAAGAGCAUGCUGCACCCCCAGAGCUCCAGCACACAGACAUCCCGCAUGCAAGUCAUCGGUCACGAAAAAUCAUCACUAUCAUCUUCAACCUGUUACUGAAUGGCUACUGAGAACUAGAAAUCACUUAUCCAUCCAAAACUCUUACAGUACCUUGUGUAUCUGCAGACUUGGUACUUGCCAAAUGAAAGGAUACUUCAAAAAAGCGUGUGAUAAAACUGAGUGAAGAGAUGCAGGUGGAUGGUCUCUCUCUGUGGCUUCAUCUUCAACAUCAUCUUGCCUUUUUGUUCAAAUGAAUUAUCCAUUUGCAUACUGCUGGUUCCUUCAUGGCAUCGCCCCUGCAAAAUAUCCAGUAUUCUUCCACCCAAGCUUUACCAUAAAUUUGAAGUUUGUUUUUGCUUCAAUUUCAACUCUUCAAAACAGUGUCUUACUCUU